AUGUUUGAUAUAAUUGCUAGGCUCCUAUCUUCAGUUCCCUCCUUUCUUUUCCCAGUAUUCGCUUCUUACAAAGCUCUCAAUACUUCUGACCCAGAAACACUCACGCCAUGGCUGAUGUAUUGGGUAGUACUAGCAUGUGCGCUUUUUAUUGAAUCAUGGACUGCUUUCAUUCUUGCCUGGGUCCCAUUUUACUCAUGGAUACGUCUUGCAUGCCUUCUCUAUCUCAUUUUGCCACAAACACAAGGCGCAAAGUUUAUCUAUUUAGCCUAUGUUCACCCUUUUCUUCAAAAGAACGAAUUGGCAAUAGACGAAUUCAUAUCAUCGACACAUGACCGAGUAAAGGGCACGGGAAUAGAAUACUGCAAGAAAGCAGUCGAAUUGAUCAAACGAAAUAUAUUUGGCGCCCCUCAAAAACAAUCUACCCCUCCUUCUUCACCAUCAGAUCCUAGAUGUGCAAACUAUGCGCAGAAUCUCAUGGCAAAAUUCCGCAUAAGGCCAGAAAAUCCUCUAAGAUCAACCGAUUUUGAUUUCAGUUCAGUUACAACUUCUACCGAUUUUCGCGGUAUUUUUACAUCAGCUGUGACUGCGGCUACAUCACGAGAAUUAUUUCAAAACUCUAGCCGUAAUCGUUCCCAUUCCGGAAUCUCGGAAUCUCCAAACAUGUCAUGCGCAGAGCGUCUUUCCUUUAUUUCUGCUCAGCGUGAACGUUUGACAGCCCUUCUUUCUGAACUGGAGAAGGAGGCUGCGACCCUUCAAGAUCAUCCUAAAUCAUAUACGAAAGCUGAAUAUGCAUCACAAACGUUGCGAGGCAGUAUCCCAAAUGACGAAGACGAAUCAAAAAGGGUAUCAACAAACUCUACCACACGACUAAGUAAGUCACGUAGUGAAGCUGAUUUUGAGCAAAUCGAGGCAGAAUCUACUAUUGAAGAGUUACAGCCUCAGCCCGAGAAUUCUAGGAAAAAUAGUUGGCUCCCGUGGAGUUGGAGAAAUAAUGUAGAAAAGCCUCAUAGUUCUACACCAGCUCAGCUACCAACGUCAGCUAAGUCAGAGGAAAAGCCAACUACCUCAGUAUCUAGCUCUUGA